CGGGCUUCAGCAAGGGUGUGCCAUGGGGGAAGCCUGUCUCAGAACCUGAGGAGCAGAAGAAGAGGAAAGGGCUUCCAAGUGCUGCCACGGCUUGGGGACACCUGGCACAGAAGGUGAAAGGCGAGCAGCAGCCCUGGGAGAUGAUAUGUGUGUCCAUAUAGUCCAGACAGGUGGAUGUCCUGAGGACAACACUGAGCUCAGGAAAGGCUGGAGUACGUGCUUGUGUAUGUGUGCGUGACCUGCUCCUGAGGGCCAGCAGGAGCAGCCAUGGAGGAAACGUACCUGCUGAAUGUGGAAGGGGUCAAAAAGAAGAUCCUGCAUGGAGGCCAAGGGGAGCUGCCGAAAUUCCAGGAUGGGAGCAAGAUCACCUUCCACUUCCAGACGCUGAAGGACAACUUUGAGCGGACAGUGAUCGACGACAGCCGGGAGGCCGGCAUCCCCAUGGAGAUCAUCGUGGGCAAGAUGUUCAAGAUGGAGAUCUGGGAGACACUGCUCAGCUCCAUGAGGGCCGGGGAGGUGGCGGAGUUCUGGUGCGAUGCCAUCCACACCGGCAUGUACGCCCUCGUGUCCAAGGGCAUGCGGAGGAUCGCGGAGGGCCGGGACCCCUUGGAAGGGCAGAAGCACCGCUGCGGCAUGGGCAACAUGUUCGACUACCACAGCACGGGCUACGAUGACCUGGACGAGCUGCAGCGGACGCCGCAGCCCCUCAUUUUCAUCAUGGAGCUGUUCCGGGUGGAGGAGCCCUCGGCGUACAAGCGCGACACCUGGGCCAUGAGCAAGGAGGAGAAGCUGGCGGCGGUGCCCGUGCUGCACAGCGAGGGCAACCGCCUCGUGCUCCGCAAGGAGUUUCGGCAGGCGGCGGCGAAGUACCAGGAGGCCGUCAUCUGCCUGAGGAACCUGCAGGCCAAGGAGAAGCCGUGGGAGGAUGGCUGGCUGAAGCUGGAGAGCCUGGUCACGCCGCUGGUGCUCAACUACUGCCAGUGCCAGCUGGAGCUGGGCGAGUACUACGAGGUGCUGGAGCACACGACGGAGCUCCUCCAGAAGCACAAAGACAACGCCAAGGCGUAUUUCAAGCGGGCGAAGGCCCACGCUGCAGUGUGGAACGAGCGGGAGGCGCGGGAGGACUUCCUGCGCGUGGCCCACCUCGACCCCGCCAUGGCGGCCGCCGUGAAGAAGGAGCUGAAGCAGCUGGGGGAGAGGAUGAGGAAGAAGCACGUGGAGGAUCGGAAGCGCUACCAGGGGCUCUUCCAGCAGCCCCAGGGGGCAGAGCCAGAGAGCUGUGGGGCAGGGAGGGGGACAGGAGAGGAAGACAAGGAGACAGCAGAGGAGGAAGAGGAGGAGGAAGACAAGGAGAUAGUGGAAGAAGAUGAGGAAGUGGUGGUGGAGGAGGAAGAAGGGGAGAAGGAGGCAGUGGAAGAGAAGGUGGUGGUGGUGGAGGAGGAAGAAGGGGAGAAAGGGACAGUAGAAGAGGUGGUGGUGGAGUUCCCUGACGAGGAGGAAGGACUGUCCUUGCACAGCCAGCACCCUAGCUGCCGCAUGGACCUGAGCAACCGUGCUGGAAGAGGAUGA